GCGGCGGGAGCUGCCGGGUCCGGGUGACCCUCUCCCUCUUGCAGCAGCAGCGGGGAGUGCCGCCUGCUCCGCCGUCCGCGCAGGAUGGAUCAGUCGGUGCCCAUCCAGGAAGCGCUCUCGGCGGGGGAGACCUGCCUGGUCGCGGUGCAGGGGCUCCUGGCUGGUGGGGAGAGCCGUCUGCUGGGCCUUGUGGAGAGCCACGGCAAAGCCAUGAUCUGCCUGUACAGCCACCGGCGAAUGGCCAUUACCGCCGAGGACGUGCGCCUGGAGAGGGUCCUGCUCCUGCAGGAAGGCUUUGCCGUGGUAGAAGUGGCCCGGGAGAAUGACCUGCACAUUGUAGGCUCUGAUGUCACUGUCCAUAUCAUCUCAAGUGAUGCCAACUUGCUAGUGCAGCUGCCUUUUGGCUCACAGACACAGACUUUCUUGACAGAGGUCAGGAAGCGCUGCAGCCCAGCAGGAGUUGCUGGGAAUGAGGACCCAAAGCAGAAAGGGAAACAGCCACCAGCUAUGAACCAGGUGGGCAGCACAAGUGGUGCCAGUCUUGCUGCUGCCGUCCCCAAGCCCAACAAGCCCAAGAAUGACAUCACCAGCGAGAUGGUCCGGUCCUCCAGUGUGCUGGUGUCAGAGGAGAUGCGGGGCUUGUCUAUGCAGACCUUUGGGUUGAGAGACACCAUCAUCAAGUCUCAGCUGCUGCAGAAGGAGGACGAGUACACAUACCUCCAGGGCUUCAAGUUUUUUGUGGGCACAUACAACGUGAAUGGCCAGUCGCCCAAGGAGACUCUCCAGCCCUGGCUGAGCCAAGAUGCUGAGCCCCCAGACAUUUACUGUGUGGGCUUCCAGGAGCUUGACCUGAGCAAAGAAGCUUUUUUCUUCAAUGACACGCCAAAAGAAGAGGAAUGGUUCAAAGCUGUGACCGAGAGCCUUCACCCCGAGGCGAAGUAUGCCAAGGUAAAGCUUAUCCGGCUUGUUGGGAUGCUGAUGCUAUUCUACGUCAGGACUGAGCUCGCUGUGCAUGUUUCUGAGGUUGAGGCUGAGACGGUUGGCACGGGCAUCAUGGGGAGGAUGGGCAACAAGGGGGGAGUGGCCAUCCGCUUCCGGUUCCACAACACCACUGUCUGCUUCGUGAACUCCCACCUGGCAGCCCACACCGAGGAGUACGAGCGGCGGAACCAGGACGUCCGGGAUAUCUGUGGACGCAUGCAGUUCUGCCCGCCAGAGCCAGGCCUGCCACCCCUCACCAUUGGCAAGCACGAUGUGGUCUUGUGGCUGGGAGACUUGAACUACAGGCUGGAGGAGCAGGAUGUGGAGCGUGUGAAGAAGCUGGUGGAGGCCCACGAUUUCGCCACCCUUUAUCAGCAUGACCAACUGAAAAAGCAGAUGGAGGCCAAGGCAGUCUUUGAAGGCUUCCUGGAGGGAGAGAUUUCCUUCCAGCCAACAUACAAAUACAACACUGGGUCUGAUGACUGGGACACCAGUGAGAAAUGCCGCACGCCAGCCUGGUGUGACCGGAUCCUGUGGAGAGGGAAGAAUAUCUCUCAGCUGAGCUACCGGAGCCACAUGGCCUUGAGGGGCAGCGACCACAAGCCAGUCAGUGCCAUCUUUGACAUUGGGGUGAAAGUGGUCGACAAGGAGCUCUACCGCAAAUCCUUUGAAGACAUAGUGCGCUCCUUGGACAAGAUGGAGAAUGCCAGCAUCCCGUCGGUCACCCUCUCCAAGAGGGAGUUCCUCUUCAAGGAUGUGAAGUACAUGCAGCACCAGGUGGCGUCCUUCACCAUCCACAAUGGGCCCGUUCCUUGCCAGUUUGAGUUCAUCAACAAGCUGGAUGAAGAGGCCUACUGCAAGCCAUGGCUGAUGGCAAACCCCAACAAGGGCUUCCUGUUACCUGAUGCUGAGGUGACGGUCGAGUUGGAACUGUUUGUGAACAAGUCGACAGCAACGCGCUUGAACUCUGGAGAGGACCAGCUGGAGGACAUCCUGGUGCUGCACCUUGACCGGGGCAAAGAUUACUUCUUGCCUGUGUCAGGGAACUACCUGCCCAGCUGCUUCGGGUGUCCCCUGCAGACCCUCUGCCACAUGAGGGAGCCCAUCCAAGAGAUGUCACCAGAGGCCAUCAGGAAGCUAGUUCUGCUGCCAUUGUGGUCAAGUGACGACGAUUCCUCCUGGCCCGAGAAGCCCUUGGACAUUCCUAAGGAGUUGUGGAUGAUGGUUGACCACCUGUACCGCAAUGCUUGCCAGCAGGAGGACCUCUUCCAGCAGCCAGGCCUGAGGGUCGAGUUUGAACAGAUCCGUGAUUGCCUGGACACAGGGAUGAUGGAUACGCUCAAUGGCAGCAACCACUCGGUGGCGGAAGCUUUGCUGCUCUUCUUGGAGAGUCUCCCUGAGCCGGUAAUCUGCUACACGCUGUACGAUAAGUGCUUGGAGGCUGCUGACAGCCAUGUGCUGAGCAAUCAGGUGGUUUCCACACUGCCCAAGUGUCAUAAAAAUGUCUUCAGUUACCUGAUAGCAUUUUUGCGGGAACUACUGCAGCACUCUGUGAAAAACCACUUGGAUGUGAAUAUUCUUGGUAGCAUAUUUGGGGGGCUACUGCUCCGUCCCCCUCCUGGUCACACCAAGCCAGGCACUGCCGAGAAGCGGAAAGCUCAGCAAUUCAUCCAGCAGUUCCUUUCGCGGGAAGAAAUCACACUGUGAAGGCCAAGGACUAGUAACUAUAGGCAGGGCUUCUGUAAAAAAUAGUUUUGUAUAUUCAGAAAAUUAGAUUUUGCAGUAAUUGGUUUGUUUGUUUUUAAAAAAAUGUAAAGACAUGUACAUACUUUUUAAUUCUGGAGCACAGGUCAGGUGGGAAGAAGCAGCUGCUACUGUGUUAGCAGCACUUUAAAGCACAGUGAGUUUUUAUAUUAAACUAGCAGUCAGUCAGCACACUGGAUCUUGACUGCGGUAUGUCAUGUUUUGUGACAAAACAAUGUCCUUCUUUAUCUGCCAUUGCCUUAAUGCUUAAUCUUUGAUAACCUAAAUCAGCUACUUUUAUAAGCAAAGAAUGUAAUAUAAAUAUAAUUAAACAUUUUAACUUAUUAACGUC